AUGUAUCGCGCUCUCCUGCCCUACCCUUCGCGCUUUGCAGUCUCCCGAGCUACACUUCCAGCUAUCCGAUGGAAUUUUAGUACAGCGUUAGGCGGUGCACAGCCGCUCGCGCUCAGAGCUCAGCUCCAGCAGGGACUGAAGGCGGCAAUGAAAGCGAAGGACUCUGUGAAAGCUACUGUUAUUCGGUCUGUUAUUGCAGAUGUGGUUAAUACUGACAAGGCGAGUAAGUCUGGUGAGGCCGUUGGAACACCAGAGGUCUUGAGGGCGUUACAGCAGGGGAUCACUCGUCGAGAAGACGCGCAGAAACAAUACCUCCAGGGAGACCGACCCGAUCUUGCCCAAGCCACCGAAGCCGAAAUCACAAUUCUCCGCUCCUUCGUUCCUCCCCAACUCGCCGAGUCCGAAGUUGAUGUGCGGAUAGCACGGGUGCUGGAGGAGAUGAAAGACCGCGGUGAGAAGGUGGUGAUGGGUGGGGUCAUGAAGCGGUUUUGGGAGGGGACGGGGAAGGAGGAGAUUUCUGCACAACUGGUGAGCGAGAGAGUGAAGCUGGCCUUGGCGAAGGAACAAUAAUCGGACGAAGUGAGUGCGUUCCGAUGAAAUGGCAUGUACCACCGCACCCAUCUCUUUUAUGGAAUACCCGUAAUCACAAC